CGAAACUCAAGGCGCUUCUUUUGAACGCUUCAUAACCUCGCCCGGCCACCCUAAACGGCGAUAUCCGCGAACUCAGUCCCAUCAUAGGCUGCAACUUGUAGACUUCCUCUCAGGUUUAGAUUGGACAAGUUGGUCCUAACGGAUCAGAAGAAAGUCACCAUGUCGGAGCACAUCGCCUGCAUUCACUGUCCCCUCUGUGGCGCCUUCUUCGAGCGAAUGACACUCGGACAACCGACGACUUGGAACCUCGCUUGGAAUAGGGAACGCUCGUCAGACUGGCAUGAGGAACUCCGUAUUGUGACAUCUCGGAAGGGAACCGCUCCGUUCAUUACCGGCGUUGGCUUCCUCUUGAAGGUCGCUCAACAUACGGUCUUAUUUGCGCCCCCUGAUGCCGCAAACUGGAGAGACCUUGAUGAUCGUGGGGUCGCCGAUGGCCAGUUUUUAAUACUACGCCCUGCCAGUUAUGAGGCCUUUGCAGUCUUACAACUUUACGAUUCCGCUUGGGCAUUCCCUGUCCACAAAGCGUGCUGGAAUCUACUGGAGUGUCGCACUUCAGUAUCAGGUUACGACGGCUCCACUCUCGCACUAAGCCUCUUCAAUUUCCUAAUUUCUCUCGACAUCCGUCCAGGACAACACAUUGAGCCCACGUCCGUCUACGGUGUUGAUACCAAAUGCCUAGACGCGAGCCUAGCGUCGCCUAGAAUGGCGACUAAAUGGAAGACUGUCCAUGCGAACCCUUGCGAACUCUCCGUGUUAAACAACUUACCUCCAAUCGACGAUCUCAUCAAAAAGUACGAGUCCGCAAGCUAUCCAGGUUGGCGACGGGGGAGGUCUUCCACACAUGGGCAACACACAACGAAUGGUUCCUGGGAUGCAUUAUACCACCUGCCUCCUGAGCUUCUUCAUAUGGUACUACUCUUGUUGCCUUCAAAGGAUGUGUGUGCACUCAGACUCGCUUCACGGGCUGUCGCAAACAACACACGGCCUCAAGAACUCCCACAAGCCUUCUGGCGAAGUAAAUUUCUCCCCGAGUCCGAGAUGGGGUUCGCUUACCCCGAGGGUGAUGUACAUCCUUCAGAGAUCAACUGGUUUCACAGGUAUCUGGCUGUGAAGAAGGCCUGUAAUUCCCGAACUAAAUACUAUGCACUGAAGAACAGGCGAAGAAUCUGGAGAAUACUCACGGAAAUCUCUGAAACCUUCGAAAAAUGCAACACUCGCCAGGGUGAUCAUAUCGUCCUUCCUAAUUUCGGAUGGAUUCCUCUGCCUCGAUAUCAGUCUCGAAUUAGAAAUACAUGAGCUAGCAGUUCUCUCAUACGGACGCCUGGUGCUGUUACGGAUAGCUAGCCUUGGUACACUGAGAUCAAAGGUCCAUA